AUAGUAAAUUUUAACAUGGAUAUUAUUGUAAAUAGGUACAUAAAGCAGCAAUGGACUCUGGGCCCACGCUUGUGUCAGAUGUUCGCUUUCGUGUUCUACGGCAACGAGGCCGUAUCGCUCUUGUCCAUGGUCGCUAUCACCAUAAACAGGUACACGCUGAUAGCGUACUAUGAUAUGUACUCGCAGAUCUACACCAGCACCAAGAUCUGGAUCCAGCUGCUCCUCAUCUGGCUCGUCUCCUUCGGCCUCAUGAUCCCUCCCCUGCUUGGAGUAUGGGGUCAGCUGGGUCUGGAGCAUGACACGUUCUCGUGUACAAUCCUGCCGAAAGACGGGCUAUCUCCUAAGAAGUAUCUGUUCGUGUUUGGUUUCGCGCUGCCAUGUGUCGUCAUCAUCGUCUCCUACUCCUGCAUUUAUUGGCGCGUGCGAGAAAGCAAAAGGAAGCUCGAGGGCCGCAGUAAGCUGAGCGGCCAAACGGCAAGAGAAAAGGAAGAAGAUUCCCGCCUAACAACUCUGAUGCUUACAAUAUUCCUCUGUUUCCUCGCCUGCUUUCUUCCUCUGAUGAUAAUGAACGUCACAGAUGAUGGGAUCAGCUACCCCUGGCUAUUCGUCGAAUUCCCCAAAUUAUGGGGAAAAAAGAAACCCAUUAAAUAAUCAACCGACAAAGUUAUGAAUUCAACUUUUAACUGUAAAUAUUGUAAAUACUUUUAUUAUAAUUAUCACACAAUAUACCAAUUACUUAACCAAAGGCAAUUUAAAUUAUUGUGAAACCAUAUUUUUAUAUUUAGAUCAAACGAUUUAUUUUAAAAAUGAUUAAAAUAAAGAGUUUAUGGUUAAUUUUGAUCAAAUUACCGGUUAAUUUACCGUAAAGAUAUUAUUUAAAUAACUUUUAGGUACUCUAAAUGCUGACAAUUAUGCGCUGAAUUAAAAAAAAAAAGAUUUUUUUUUAAAUUGGAAUACGAGCCGAUUGUUUGAAUCGAUUUUUGAUUCAAUUUUUUCUUAAAUUUUCAUUUUAGUAAACCUUCUGUAGAAUAUCGUUAUGCUAAUAGAAGAAUUGUAAAGAACAUUCCGUUAUAGGUUAGUUUCUAACAGUAUAACUACCAAAUAUUUAUAAAACAGACUGAACAAAAUGUUUCUUAAGUUAUUUGUGACCACCAUUUUAAUGUUUUCUUUUACUUUCGGGGUCAAUUAAAUGAUUAUAAAUGUCAAUAAAACUCAAAUAUUAUUUUUCGCAAAAUCACACAAAUCAUCGAAAAUGUACAUUUACGAGUUGUUUCUUUAAGAUCUUAUUUUGUAUAAUUUCAACCUUACACGAAUAUUUAACUCCUAACUUUGCCAAGACUGAUACGAAAAAGUCAAUUAGAACUUAAUUAUCAUACUUGUAUAAUUAUAACGAAUAUAACCAGCAAUUAUAACUUACUUCAAUAGGAAUAUAUUAUACAUAUAGGUUAUGUUGUAAUUUAUUUCUAGCAGUUAAUGUAAAUCAUACCAAAGGUAAAUAAAUGUAUUUGUAUUAAA